CUCCAGGGGCUCCGGAAGCAAUCCUCAGAUAGCCAGUGUUGACCUCCUCAAGCCUUCGGACACCAUCGUCUCCUCCCUUCAGGAUGGCCGGCCCAGGCUUUGGCUCUGCUUCUGCUGCUAUCCCGGAUCUUUCCGCUGAUCUCCUGCCGAUAUUCCACGUUGAGCACGUUCAGCUUCAAUUCCAGGUAGCUUCCGGUUUCGUCGCUGUCCAGGUUGCUAAUAAUGUUAUUAUCAUCGCCCUCGCUUCCGGAAGGCUUCUGCGAAUAGAUUUAGCCUCCCCUCAGGACAUCGAUGACAUCGACCUUCCCCGCAAAAUCUCGGAAGUUGGUGCUAUUCGUCGGAUCUUCCUUGACCCCACUGCUUCCCAUUUGCUCAUAACUACUACCCACGGUGAGAACUUUUAUCUCCAUUCACGGUCUGCAAAGGCUCGACAUCUUUCUCGCUUAAAAUCCCUUCACAUCGAGUGCGUAGCCUGGUCACCUGCCCUACCCACGGCCUCGACACGGGAGAUCUUGAUUGGAACUCAGGAUGGGAGCAUAUAUGAAACCUAUAUUGAGGGAAUGGAAGAUAAUUUUAUGAGAAAAGAUGAGAGGUACUUGAAACAGGUCUACAAGACUCCCGACAAUCACUCAGUUACUGGACUGUGGGUGGAUGGGUUGCCGGGGAACCAGCAAUUGAGGCGGGUGAUUGUUUCAACGCCCGGGCAGAUAAUGCAUUGGGUCGGGAAAGUGCAGAGGCAUGCUGAUCCAGGGUCAAUAUUCCUCAAAUUUUUUGAUUCGGAGGCUCCAAUAAUUCAGGAUUUCCAUGACACAUCGGCUAACCAUAGCGUACUUUCAAUAUCUCCGGAAUCCUCUGACGAGUAUGAGCCUGAGAGAUCGUUCGCUUGGCUCACAACUCCAGGGAUCUAUCACGGAAAGCUUCUUAUUGCACCACAAAACUCUGACCUUGGCGCCCAUGUCCUGUCUACGUCGAAGCUGUUUUCAUCAGAUUCCCUUCCAAGUGCGGAUAGUCCAGUAGCAUCAAUAGCCUUAACGCAUCACCAUGUGCUAGUGCUUACCGACACUACCCUCUACGCUAUUAACCAGCUGGAUGAUAGCAUUGUGUUUCAGCAGACCCUGGUAGACCCGGGGACGACUGUUUUGGGCCUUUGUAGUGAUCCUAAGAAGUCUACUUUCUGGGUUUUUACCUCAGCAGAGAUAUACGAGAUCGGUGACUACUUAGUGGCAAGUGGGAAAUACAUGGGGGCCGCUGAGAUCUGGGGAAAGAGUAGUAAGAGCUUCGAGGAGGUUGCUCUAACGUUUUUGGAAAGGGGCGAACAAGAUGCCUUGCGGAUGUAUCUGUUGGCUAAACUGGCCAAUUUGAAGAAGAGUUCUGUAAUGCAAAGGAUCAUGGUUGCUAGUUGGUUGAUCGAAGUCUUUAUGGCAAAGCUGAACACUCUAGAGGACGCAGUAUCAACGUUGGCCUCUCAUGCUGGUGCCGGGGCAGCUACAUCACCUAACAUCCAGACACAAUUGACUUCAGUUCAGCUCGAAUAUCAAGAUUUCGUCGGCAAAUAUAAAUCAGAUCUUGAUCGGAAGACAACCUACGAGAUCAUAUCCUCGCACGGCCGAAGGGAUGAGCUUCUGUACUACGCAAACAGUGUCCAUGAUUACGGCUAUGUACUGGCGUAUUGGAUUCAACGGGAAAAAUGGCUAGAGGCCUUAGACGUGCUAAAGCGGCAAAACGAUCCGGAAAUCUUCUACAAGUACUCCAGUGUUCUAAUGAGUAAUGCUCCUAUGGAGACAGUGGAUAUUCUAAUGCGCCAAUCAAAUCUCAACCCCCGCAAUUUAAUACCAGCGAUGCUCAAUUACAACAAGUACACAAGGGUGGCCCUUGGGAAAAACCAGGCUGUUCGCUAUCUUCUGUUUGUAAUACAUCAGAACGGUUCCACUGAUGCCGCUGUUCAUAAUACUCUAAUCAGUAUAUAUGCCUCACAUUACUCGAAAGGCGAGUCCUCGCUAUUAGAGUACCUCGAAUCUCACACCGUUGAUCCCCGGUACGAUGCAGACUUUGCACUCAGGUUGUGCAUUCAGCAUAGUCAUAUCCAGAGCUGUGUACAUAUCUACUCGAGCAUGGGCCUUUACUUGCAGGCGGUCGAACUUGCACUCAAGCACGGGAAUGUCGAACUUGCUAGCGUCAUAGCAGACAGGCCAGAAGAGGAUCCAGAAUUGCGGAAACAUCUAUGGUUGGCGGUUGCCAAGGAGGUAAUCCGGGGAGCAAAGGAUAUCAAAACAGCAAUUGAGUUCCUCAAACGCUGCGAACUUCUCAAAAUUGAAGACCUAAUACCUUUUUUCCCGGAUUUCACCAUAAUUGACUCCUUCCAAGAGGAAAUCUGCACAGCUCUCGAAGACUACUCCCACCACAUCGACCAACUCAAGAAAGAAAUGGACGAGUCUACCCACACCGCCAGCCACAUCCGCAGCGACAUCAUAGCCCUAGACCAACGGUAUGCCAUAGUCGAACCCGGCGAACGAUGUUACGUGUGCGUAGGCCGGAGCAGGAAGGUUCGAGAGCUCAAGGAGGAGAUUGAACAUGCAAGGGGGAAACGCCGUGAGGCAAAGGUGGAGGAGUUUGAUGCGUUGGUCGCAGCAGAGUGUGUGCUCUGCAGCGAGUUUGCUAUCAAGAAGAUUGAUGAGCCAUUUGUUAGCUUGGCGGAUAAUUUGGCGGAUUGGGCUUUGUAGUUUGGUAGAGGUUUGUUGGGUUUACCGUGCUUGGGCGUUGGUUCCGGAGCUUUCUUCUUCCUUUCUCGUGAAGUGUGGCGCUACAGCUUGUUGGUUGGUUUGUUGG